UUUGUAAACAUGGAGUGGGCGUGAUACUUUCACCGUAAACGAGACUCAAGGAAAUAAUGUCAGUCUGGAGGAGUCAGCAGACAUUUAGUUACUACAAGGGCGAGAGAAACAAGCGCUAAUUAACUAUUACAUAUAUUCUUCGUGUCGACAACCGACGGGUGGCACCUUAUGACGGAAGGAUGUCUCAGUGGGAGAAGCUCCUGCAGAUGCCUCAGGCUUUCACUCAGCAGUUACAAGACCUCUACGACAGGGAAGGGCUGCCCAUGGAUGUCCGACAGUACCUGUCUGCCUGGAUUGAAUCACAGGAAUGGGAGCGAGCAGCAAGCGACUACAACUUGGCCAUGGUUUUGUUCCAAGGCCUGCUAGAGAAUCUGGACACCCGGUACAGUCGCUUUGUACAAGAGAAGUCUUUCUUGAAGCAGCACAACAUUCGACGCUACAAACAGAACUUUCAGAAGUACCAGGAAAAUCCUUGUGAAUUGGCCAAAAACGUCUGGUGGUUUCUGAAAGAGGAGAAAUAUAUCUUGCAGACUGCGGAUCUGCAUAUGCAGGUGCAGUCUUUGCAAGUAGAACAAGAAGGCAUUGAGACCAACACCCAGCGAGACCUUGACCGUAGAAUGGCCAGCCUUAAAAAUGAAGUGCAGUGUAUGGAACAUAAAAUGGUGUGUCUGGAGGAGCAGCAGGACGAGUUUCAUUUUAAAUGUGAAAUAUACCAGAUGGAGGGAAAAGCAGCCACGGCAGACAACACGGAGCAAGGCAAAAUUCAAUUGCUAAUCAACAAACUCAACGAAUCCCGAAAGGACACGCUGUGCGGCCUUAAUAAGACCCUGAAGAUAGCAGGGGACCUGAUCGCCGCCUUGGUGAACAAGGAGAUGGUGCAAUGGCAGAGGAGGCAGCAGAAAGCCUGCAUAGGAGCUCCAGACAGUGUUUGCCUGGACCAACUUGAGAAAUGGUUCACUUGUGUGGCAGAAUGUCUCUUCCAGGUACGCGAGUUCCUCUUUAAGCUGCAGGAGCUGAUUGAAAAGGUGUCCUAUGAAAAUGACCCUGUGAAGGAGCAGAAACCUAUUCUGCAAAGCAAGGCUGAAAAACUCCUGAGAAAGUUGCUCACAAGUUCCUUCGUAGUUGAAGUCCAGCCAUCCAUGCCUCAGGGUAAAGGCCCCCUGGUUCUGCGCACAGGUGUACAAUUCUCUGUUAAGACAAGACUCUUAGUUAAGUUUCCUGAGCUGAAAAAUUCCAUGGAGGUCCACACAUCAAUCGGUGCACCGAAGAUAAAAGGAUGUCGUCAUUUCAACGUCCUAGGCACCGUGACCAAAGCCUUGAGCAUGUCAGAGAGUCAGAGCGGCGGCAUGGUGGCAGACUUCAGGCACCUCACUUUGAAGGAGCAGAAGUCAGGAGGAGGUGGUCGAGGAGCGGGCGAUCUUUCUCUCAGCGUGACAGAAGAAUUGCACAUCAUCUACUUCAACACCACCUUCAAGCUGAAAGGCAUGUCGGUCGACUUGCAGGCCACGUCCCUCCCAGUGGUCAUCAUCUCCAACUCCAGUCAGCUGAAUAGUGCCUGGGCGUCUGUGCUGUGGUUCAACAUGCUCAGCCCGGACCCCAAAGACGUGAUGUUCUUUGCCAGCUCCCAAGCAGCCCCUUGGCCGCAGCUUGGACAGAUGCUGAGUUGGCAGUUUCUCUCUGCCGCCAAACGUGGUCUGAAUGAUGAUCAGCUAGAAAUGAUCGCUCUCAGACUUUUUGGAAAGCAAGAGAAUUAUGACACCUGCAGUGUAGAUUGGUCCAAAUUUUCAAAGGAAAACAGUCCUGACACGUUCUGGGUGUGGUUUGACAGCAUUGUGGUGAUGGUGAAAAGCUAUCUGGAAGACCUGUGGAGGGAUGGCCUGAUCAUGGGCUUUGUUAGCAAGGGCAAAGAAAAGUUACUCCUGAAGAAAAAACGUAGGGGCACCUUCUUGAUCCGCUUCAGUGAGAGCGUCAUCGGUGGAAUCACCUUCUCCUGGGUAGAAAGUACAACUGGUGAUCCUGAAGUCAAGACAAUCCAGCCUUUUACCAAAAAUGACCUCUUACAGAUUCACUUCCAUGAGAUCAUCCAGAAUUUUCUUAUCUUUGAGGAUGAAAAUGUUCCAGAAAACCCUUUACAAUAUUUAUAUCCCGACACUCCCAGGGAUGAAGCUUUUGGGAAAUACUACACUGACAAGACUGGAAACGACAACCCUCAUCUCAAGUACAUCCAAACCCGGCUAAUGUUUGUUUCAAAGGGGGACAAACUGGAGCCUGUAUCAUACCCGUUGCCAGACAUGACACAGGAGGACCAAGACCCGCACUCAAUGAAUGGCGAGUGUGGAGGAGAUGAUGUCAUUUCUUUUGUCACAGGACCACCGAGGGAUUCUCCAGAAGAGCUUUUCCUCCAAGAUCUUCAUGACCCCAUGCUGUGCGAGGCUUUGGCCAAUUUUAAUGAGGAUCUGAUGCCCGCCAGCAUGCUCAACCCUUUUGACUGAACACUUGCUGUGGUGUGUAUUUUCCAUCAAACAUAUGGACAUCGCACUUUUUCACACUGCAGAGGAGCCUAAACAGGUGAAAUGUGGUUCAAACUGCUGUUUGAACCACAGAUCUGACACCCAAGAAACAAAAGUAACAUUUGGAAAUGGUAAACAAGCCAAUGCACUUUUGCGCUGCCAUCUUUUGUGGUCCUCUACUUCCUAGUUUAGUGUAUUUGCAGCCCACGCACCCUAAUAGUUAAAUAUAUGAUGGCAGGAGUUCUUCAACUUGUUGACGCCGAGGCCCAACUUUUUCACUACAUACGUGCCUGGGUCCCACUCAAAUAUUACAACUGAAUAAAUAGUCUUACUCUUGAUUUGAAUUGGAUUGAAUGAUUAUAUCCAACCUAUUUACAGUUAUAACCUUGUCAAAUGAUGUGAAAGCAUGGGUUAAUCACAAAUAUGAUUUAUUGAACACAUAAACCUUAGGCUUAGGUCAGGCGGAUUAGACACAUAAAUACUAAAUAAAUCUACUGCAUAAGAAGGGACUCAUAAAUAACUGACAAAAAAUAUAUUUACAUACAAUUAUGUUGUGCUAAAAUAAACUAAAUGUGUAAUGAAUAGUUUUCUUAAAUACACUGUCAAUCAUACUUCAAUCCCGGUAUUCAGCGCCUCUCCCGACAACCUCCCGGCAGAGAUUUUCUCCCGACAAACUCCCGGUAUUCAGCCGGAGCUGGAGGCCACGCCCCCUCCAGCUCAAUGCGGACCUGAGUGGGGACAGCCUGUUCUCACGUCCGCUUUCCCACAAUAUAAACAGCUUGCCUGCCCAAUGGCGUCAUAACAUCUACGGCUUUUAGAGAGUAGAGUGCACAACUGCGCACACAACAAGGAGACGAAGCAGAAGAACGAGGAAGUUACAGACAUGGCGAUGCCAUCGACGAGCAAGAUGAAGAAAUACGCUUGCAAGUUCCAAAACGAAUGGAAACAAGAAUUCAGUUCAUCCAGGACAGUUGGAAGGGGAAGGUGUAUGUUGCCUGUAAAUAUGUAGAACAGACUUCUCCAUUGAACACGGUGGCCGAAAUGAUAUACUCAUCAUAAACGGAGAAGUUAAACAGGACAAUACUGCCAUCUAAUGGAUAGCCACCGGAACGCUGAAAUUCAAGUAUUUUUUUCUUUUU